GGUGUACUACCAUGUGAACAUAAGGCACAAUUAAUUAAUGAAAUGAACAAGUGUGCUACAAAUCGUGAUUAAUUAAAUUAAUACCAGUUCCCCUGAUCAUCUUUGGAUUUGUGCUACAAAUCUCAAUGUGUCAAUAUUAGUUUUCACAACUUCAUUUUGAAAGUGAUCCCAAGAAUGCUUUUAAGUGAUAGGAGGAGAGGUUCUGCAUAGCCUUUUCCUUUUCACUGUUUUCUUUGAAGCGUUUUUUUUCUUUUGCAUUCCUCAGAGCUCUGGUUGUUUUUGUAUUCUUCAAACUGGUCAGUUGUGUGUCAUCUGAUGUAAAGCUACCUUAUUUCAAAAAAACUUUCCAAGAUGUGAGGCGUGAACUUUCUCGCGUGUCGCGGCAUUUGAUUCAUUUGGGGCAUGAUGUGCAUGUGGUCACCGGUGCUCCUGAUUUGUUUUCAUCUCUGAAAUACAGUCUUCCCGCUUAUUCAUUCGCAAAGUAGUUUUGGACUGUAGUGUGGAGCUGUUCAGGCAGAUCCUUGCAGCUUCAAUUGGGGUUUUGUUUUUCGAAUAGGAUCCAGAUCGUUAAGAAUAAUUCAGGUAAAGAUGUAGUUGAUGGCGGGAGAAAAAUCAAUUAAGUAUGGAGUGUAUAGGAUUUGUUUUCAAGCUAUUGCCACAUCUAAAGUCGGUAUUGCCAUAUCUAAAGCCACUACUGUAUCAACUUCGGCCUUAUGAAAUCAGAGUUGGAGAACUAGACAAAGGCAUUAAUAAUCUGCAGGAAGUGAGAAACAAGUUGCAACAUAGAGUUGACGAGGAUGAAAGGAUUGGGAGAGCUAUUCGCGAUGAAGUCAUUACAUGGUUAGAAAAGGUAGAUGGGAUCAUUCGUGACUAUGAGGAUUUCUCCAAAGAUGAAUCUGAAGACCAUCCACAUGCCAUGUGUUCCAUUGAUCACCUUCCUAGACCCGGGAUAAGGUAUCGUCUAAGCAGAAGAGUAAUUGAUCUUACAGGGAGGGUUAAUGAACUACUGCAAACUGGUAAUUGGUUUAGCUCGUAUUUCUUUGAUGAUCUUGAGAGCAUUGCCUCGAGAAAUCAAACUAUGUAUGAUAUUAUGGCUGCAUUGAAAGACUCGAAUGUUGGAGGGAUUGGAGUUUAUGGUUGGAGUGGCGUGGGCAAGACUAGUUUAAUCAGAGAACUAGCUGAGAAAGUAAAAGGCAACAUGUUUGACGUGGUGAUUAUGGUGAAUGUAACAAGUCAUCUCGACAUACACAGAAUUCAAGGGCAAAUUGCUGACAUGUUGGGGAUGAAAUUUGAAGAGGAAUCUGAGAGUGGAAGAGCAGCUCGCUUGCGGGAGAGAUUAAAGAACCCAAAGCAGAGAACCCUUAUAGUCCUAGAUAAUAUGCUGGUCAAUUUGGACUUCAAUGCGUUGGGAAUUCCGUAUGAGAACAAUGACGGUAGCCACAUGAAUCACAAAAUGAAAAACCCUUCGGCCCACCACAGUUCUGCAAUGAAAACAGAUGAAUUUGAUACUUCCACUUUCAUGAAGAUAGAGGAACCUCUUGCUAGAUACAAAGGAUGCAAAAUUUUGAUGAUUUCUGACAAUGAACAAGUUUUGUUAAGUCAGACAAACUGGAAAAGAAUUCAAAUUUUUCGUGUAAAAGCAAUAAUGGAAAAUGAUGCAAAGACGAUGUUUAAGACCAUUGCUGGACUACGUGGUGGACAUUAUAUGUAUGAAACCUUAGCAGCUCAAAUUGCCAUCAAGUGUAAAGGGCUUCCUGUGACAAUUAUAACAACUGCAAAGGCAUUAAAAUAUAAGAGCCUUACGGUGUGGCAUGAUGCAUAUCUGGAGCUUGAAAGGCAAAACUUGACAAUAUCAGAGUUUUCUACAAAAUUGAGUUACGAUCUUCUAGAGAACGAGGAACUCAAGCAGACUUUCUUAAUUUGUGCUUGCAUGGGUCAGGAUGCAUUAAUUACUGACUUGGUGAGAUACUGCAUUGGUUUGGGUUUACUUCAAGGAAUUGACACUGUUCGGGAAGCUAGAAACAGAGUACAUGAGUUGGUUGGAAAGUUGAAAGAGUUGAGUUUGUUGUCUGAUAGUUUUUCAAGCAAAUGUUUCACCAUGCAAAAUAUUAUCCGUGAUGCGGCUUUGUCAAUAGCAUCUCAGAAGAUGCCUGCAUUUGCCCUAACAAAGGAAAAACUAGAUGAAUGGCCGGAUAAGGACAAGCUUAAAAGGUACACUACUAUUUCCUUACAGCAUUGCGAUGUGACUGACAUCAUAGAGGAUUUUCCUAAAGGAAUAAACUGUUUCAAAUUUAGAAUCUUCCAUCUUGACAAUAAAGAUCCACGUCUGAGAAUACCAGAUUGGAUAUUUAAUGGAAUGAAAGAACUCCGGGUGUUGAAAUUGACCGGCAUUUAUCUAUCACCCUUACCUUCAUCAAUUAAAUGCUUAACUAAACUCAGAAUGCUUUGUUUGGAGCGAUGCAAGCUAGGAGAGAAUAUAUCUAUCCUAGGAGAGUUGAAGGAAUUACGGGUUCUUAGUUUAUCAGGAUCUGACAUUGAAUGUUUGCCUGAUCAAUUGAGGCAGUUAGCUAAGCUACAAAUUUUUGACAUAACUAAUUGUUUUAAACUUAAAGAGAUUCCUGCUGAUGUAUUAUCAAGUUUGACUUGUUUGGAAGGGUUGUAUGUGGGAAAUAGCCCGAUUCAAUGGAAUGAUGAAGGACGACAAGGAAACCAAAGUGGAAAUGCUAGUCUUUCUGAAUUGUGGAAAUUGAGUCAGUUAACGGCACUAGACAUACAGAUCCCAAAAGUUACUCAUUUGCCUAAGAAGUUGUUCUUUGACAAGUUGGAUAGAUACAAGAUUGUCAUUAGAGAUUUCAAUGCAUAUUGGCCAGUGUGGGAUUUCAAGAUGCCAGAGACGUGUGACGCAUUAAGAUAUUUGGCACUUCAACUAGAAAAAGGCUUUAACAUUCAUUAUCAAAAGGACAUCAAAAUAUUGUUCGAAAGAGUUGAGAAUUUGUUGUUGGGACAGCUAAAUGAUGUUGAAGAUAUUUUCUAUGAAUUGAAUCGUGAAGGAUUUCCUUAUUUAAAAUAUUUGUCCAUUGUAAGGAACUCGAAAGUUAAGUCCAUCAUCAACUCAAAGAACAAAAAACAUCUUGUGAAAGCAUUUCCCAAAUUAGAGUCAUUGUUUCUCUAUGAAGUCAACAACAUGGAGCAUAUAUGCCACAGUCAACUUAUAAAUGAUUCACUCUCGAAAUUGAAAAUCAUCAAGCUUAAGAUGUGUGCUCAAUUAAAGGAUGUAUUUUUCUCUUCUAUGAUUAAGCAUGUUUCUGCCCUUGAAACAAUUGAAGUUUCUGAGUGUAACUCUUUGAAGGUGAUUGUUACCAUGGAAAGGCAAGACAUUAAAGACCAAAUUACGUUUCCUGAACUACGCUCUUUGAAGCUACAAUCUUUGUCUGAAUUUAUUGGAUUCUACAACCUUGGUGAAUCAACAGGAGAACAAGUGCAGAAUAGGGAACCCAGUGAACUCUUUCAUGAAAAGGUUGUAAUUUCCAAAUUAGAGAGAAUGGAGCUGUCCUCAAUCAAAAUCCAAAAAAUAUGGAGUGACCAACCCCCAUCAAGACCUUACUUUCAAAAUUUGAUGCACUUGGACGUGAAUGAUUGUGGGAAUAUGACAUACCUACUAUCCCUUUCAAUGUCCAAAAAUCUGAUGAAUCUUCAAAGCCUUUCCGUAAGUGAAUGUGGAAUGAUGGAGAGAAUAUUUAUUGAAAGGGAAGUUAGUAAAAUUGAAACUGAGGAAAGCAUCUUUCCGAAGUUGAAGAUUAUCAACUUGAGAAGCAUGAAGAAAUUGACAGAGAUAUGGCAUAAAAAAUUUCCUUCAUAUUCCUUUGGAGAAUUGGAUGCAUUGAUCAUUGAGGGGUGUAAUAAACUUCAAAAUGUUUUUCCUUCUUACAUGGUUGGAAGAUUUCAGAGUCUAUGUAACUUGAAGGUUACUAAUUGCAAGUCAAUGAAAGAGAUAUUUGACCUCAAAGGUUGUGAAAAACGUGAUCCUGAGGAUAAGACCAACUUGCAAAAUGUUCAUGUAGAAGCACUGCCAAAAUUGGAGCAUGUAUGGAACGAAGACCCAAAAGGGAUUCUUAACUUCAAAAAUUUGAGAAAGAUAUGGGUACAAGAAUGUCUCAACUUAGAUCAUAUAUUUCCAUUUUCUAUAGCCACGGGUCUUAAAAAACUCGAAUACCUUGAGGUCUGGAAUUGUGGUCAGUUGAAGGAAAUUGUUUCCAGGGGAGAAACAAAUAAUGUGAGUAUUAUUUCAUUUGAAUUUCCUAAACUAACCACAGCCAGAUUUUUGAAACUACCAAACCUUGAGAGGUUCUAUGAGGGGACACAUAAGUUACAUUGUUCAACACUGAAUAACUUGUCUGUGGAACUUUGUCGUAAGCUCAGACUUUUCAGAGGAGAAAAUGAAAAUCGAGAAAUAAAACCAGUCUUCUUAACCGAAGAGUUAGUGCCUCCAAGAAGCCAUGAUGAAGAAAAGUCAGGGAUCGUUCCAAAGCUCAAAAGCUUGAAGCUAAUGAACUUACCUUCACUUAAGAUGAUAGGCUUUGAAGAAGACACAAUACUGUUUCAAAGGUUAGAGUGCUUGAUUUUAAAGGAAUGUCCAUGUCUGAACACCAUUGCGCCUUCCUCAGUAUCUUUCACUUGCUUGACAAAUAUGGAAGUGAUUAAUUGUAAAGAACUAAGUUAUUUAAUGACACCAUCAACAGCAAAAAGCUUGUUUCAACUCACAACCAUGAAGGUAAUUCAAUGUGAAUCGAUGGAGACCAUUGUGUCAGAGCAAGAAAAUGAAGAAUUAGAACAUAUUAUUUUCAGACAAUUGAAGGAAAUAGAGCUAGUAUCUUUGCAUAAACUUGAAAGUUUCUGUAGCUCCAAUUGUUGUGCCAUUGAGUUUCCUUCCUUGGAAAAAGUUGUUGCAAGUGCAUGUUGCAAGAUGGAAAUGUUCACGUUCUCUGAACAAGUCAACAAGACACCAAAUUUACGACAAAUAUGUGUUACACAUGGAGAGGAGGAAAAAAGAUUAUAUUGGGAAGGUGAUUUAAAUGCUACCAUACGACAUGUAUACAAGAUUCGGAAAUGUUUUGAAGGCAUGGAGGAUAUGAGUCUUUCCAAACAUCCUGAGCUCCGACAAGUUUGGCAAGGUGGAGUUGAUCCGCAAAAUAUUCAUAGUUGGUUUUAUAGUUUGAAGAUUUUGAAGUUGGAGAACAGUGAUAUUCAACCAUGUGUAAUUCCAUCUAAUAUUCUUCUUUAUUUGGAGAGCUUAAAAGAACUGGAAGUACGAGAUUGCUCCAAUGUAAAGGUUAUUUUUGGCAUGAAUGACACAGAGGUUGGAGGAACAACAUCCCAACUGCAGAAAUUGACUUUACAAGGGCUAUCGAUGCUUAUGCAUGUGUGGGAGAGUAAUGGUAAAGGAGCUCAAAGCUUUCAAAAUCUUCAAGUAGUGUCUGUUAGUGACUGUGAAAACCUUAAAACUGUGUUUCCUGUGGCUGUGGCCAAAAAUCUUAAGAAGAUUGACAAACUUGAAAUAGAAUAUUGUGAUGGGUUGCUAGAAAUUGUGGGGAAGGAAGAAGAUGCAGCAGCGGAUGUAACACAAAAGUUUGUGUUCCCUUGUUUAGCUACACUGAUUCUUUUUGACCUACCAGAGCUCAUUUACUUUUACCCUGAAGCAUUCACCCUGAAAUGUCCUGUGUUAUAUAAAUUAUUAGUGUUUGAUUGCCCAAAGUUGAAGCUAUUUAAAAGUGCUGACAUACAACGCCAUUCCUUGGCCCUAAAGAAUAUUGUCAACCUUGAGGAACUGUCACUUGACUGGGAACACACAUUGGUGUUAAGUUCAAUGCUUAUGGCCAACCUCGAACAUUUAAAUUAUAUUGACCUGUUCUUCGAUGUUGAUGAGAAUGACAGUGAGAAGCCCAUUUUGCCCAUUCAAUUAAUCCAGAAGGCACCCAAUUUAAAAGAAAUGAGUAUACAAUCUUGCAGUUGUCUUGAUGUUUUUCGCAUCCCCGAACAUGGCAUGCUUACACACUUGAAAAUACUGAGACUGAGACGUGUAUGGGACCUCAAGUCCAUCGGGUCAGAGGAUUUACCAUGUUUAAACAUGAUUUGUGAGAAGCUCCACAAAUUCAAUGUUUUUGACUGUCCUCAUUUGACAACUUUAGUGGAUUCUACUUCUUCUGUAGUGUCAUUUUCCCAUCUGAAAGAACUGAACAUAUCCCACUGUCAUGGAUUGAAGUAUUUAUUCACAUCCUCAGCAGCAAAAAAGUUAGUACACCUUGAGCAUAUCAAAGUCUGGAGUUGCGAAUCAAUAGAAAAAAUAGUGGCAAAAGAGCCAAAUGAAACAACUGGGGAAAUCAAACUAGAGCGGUUAUACAGCAUAGAUCUAAACUUUUUAUCAAGCUUGGAAUGCUUUUAUUCAGGCAAUGAAACUCUGCAGUUACCCUCUUUGAUACAAGUGGACAUAUGGAAUUGCCCCAAGAUGGAAUUUUUCUGUGCAGGAUUGAUCAAGUCAAAUGAUCAAUUGGUCUUCUAUGAUGAUCUUAACAACUCAGUAAAAAAGAAGUUUCUACUACAGGAGUUUUUUGAAGAAUUGGACUACAAGUGUUUUUCUGAUAAUCUUUAUAUCCAAGCAGACUGGCCUAGUAAAGUUGUAACUUUGAAGCUGGAAAAGUGUAUGCUAUCAUUUGUAGUUCCAUAUGCCAUUCUUCCACUUUUAAACAACUUGAAAGAAUUGGAAGUGCGGGCUAGCCCCAAAGUAGAGGUAAUAUUUUACAUGAAAGAAGACACUGAGAUUAAGGGAACAACAUCCCAGUUGAAGAAAUUGACUUUACGAGGGCUACCAAAACUAACGCGUGUGUGGCAAAAAAAUAGAGAAGGAGUUCUCAUCUUUCAAAACCUGCAAGAAGUCGUUGUAAGUGAUUGUAAAAACCUGCAGACUUUAUUUCCUGCUUACCUGGCAAAAAAUCUUGAGAAGCUUGAGAAACUUGAAAUAGAAUCUUGUCACAAAUUUCAAGAAAUUGUUGAUAAGGAAGAAGGCACAACAACAAAUGUAACAGAAAAGUUUGUGUUCCCUCGUUUAGAGAAUUUGAAGCUUUGUCACUUGCCACAACUCACUUACUUUUACCCUCAAACAUUCACUCUCAAAUGCCCUGCCUUAAAUAGCUUAUAUGUGUUGGAUUGUCAUGAGCUGGAGCUAUUUCAAAGUGCACAUCUAAAGGCUGAGGGUGAAGGUAGGAGUACUUCAAUUAAUAGACAACCUCUUAUUUCAAAUCUAAGGGUUAUUUUCAACCUGAAAGAAUUGAGACUUGAUUGGAAACACAUUUUGGCAUUAAGCUCAAGGUUUGAGUCAGAGCAAUUUACAGAAGAACUCAAAGACUUAAAGCAUAUUGCCAUGUCGUUCUUUGACACUGAUGAGAAUGAGAUGCCUACGUUGCCCAUUGAAAUACUCCAGAAGGCACCAAAUUUAACAGAAAUGACUAUGGAUUAUUGCAAUAACCCCAAAAUUGGUGAGGAUGCAAUCCUUGGACAGUUCACAAUAUUGACACUCAAUGAUGUGUGGAAGCUCCCAUCCAUCGAAUCAGAGGACGAGUCAGAGGACAAGUCAGAGAAUGAGUCAUUGUUAAACAUAAUCUGUGAGAAGCUCCACAAAUUAAAAGUUUUACAAUGUCCUCAUAUGACAACAUUAGUAGAUGCUACUUCUACGGUGUCUUUCUCUUGUUUGAAAAAAAUAUCUAUAUCCAACUGUCCCAAAUUGCAGUAUUUAUUUACAUCUUCGGCAGCAAAAAAGUUAAUGAACCUUGAGAAGAUCACAGUGAGGAAAUGUGAAUCAGUGAGAGAUAUAGUGGCCAACGAGGAAGAUAUAGUGGCCAACGAGGAAGAUGCAACUUCAGUCAUU